AUGGUGGGAGAUGGACAAGAUAUCCGAGUAUGGAUUGAUCCUUGGAUCGAAGACAAUGGAACAAGAUGCCCAUGGAUGAAACACCCAUUAAUAAACUUAGAUCUUAUGGUUAGUGACCUUAUCAUAGUGGAAACAAGGUCAUGGGACAGAUCAAAGCUAGAAGAUCAGUUUUUCCAAGGAGAUGUGGAGCGUAUCUUGAGCAUAAAACCAGCGGUUCACUUAGCUGAUUUCUGGUCCUGGAAAUUCAAUAGAAAUGGUGAUUUCUCUGUAAGAUCAGCCUAUUGGUUAGCUUGUCAAUUUAACAAGACAGAGGUACAGUUGGAAGCUGAAGUGCAACCUUCUUUUAAUGGAAUUAAGGAGAAAGUCUGGUUUCUGCAAACAGCUCCAAAGAUUAAAACUUUUUUGUGGCGAGUUCUGUCAAAUGCUCUCCCUGUGGCUGAUAACAUUUUAGCUAGAGGAAUGAAGAUUGAAGCUGAGUGUCAAAUUUGCGGUUUUGAUGGUGAGUCCUCAAACCAUGUCUUGUUCACUUGUUCACUAGCUCGCCAGAUUUGGGCAAUGACAGAUUUUCCAUUUCCUGAAAAUGGGUUUCAUGUUGAAUCGGUCCAAGUCAAUAUCCAUUACCUUAUGAUGAUGAGCAAAAAUAUCAGAGUUCCUCUGGUUAUAAGGCGAUGUUUCCCUUGGGUCCUAUGGUUUCUAUGGAAAAACAGAAACAAGUUUAUCUAUGAAGGGGUCAUUUUCAGAGCUAAUGUUACUAUUGAUAAAAUUUUGAAGGAGGUCAAGUCUUGGUUUCUGUCUCAACAUGUCAACAGGGAAGUUGAUGGAAGGGAAGAGAUUAGAAGAAAAGGAGAGAAGGAUCACUGGAAGUUGCCUUCUCUGCCUUGGUUGAAGUGUAACACAAUAGUGGUGUGGGACAAAAGAAGUAAUGUAGCAUGGUGCUCAUGGGUUUUACGAAACCAUGUAGGGACUGUUUUACUUCAUAGUAGAAGAUCCUUCUCUACUAUUGGAAGUCUGUUUGAGGCCAAAAUGGUGAGUAUGCUCUGGUCCUUAGAGAGUUUAACUUUACAUAGGGUUGAUAAAGUGAUUAUAUCAGCGGAGGAGGCUGAUAUUUUGGGUAUAAUGAGAAGACCACAUGAGUGGAUUUCUUUUAAAGCUCACUUUUGGGAGCUUAACAGGUCGUUAGUGAAGUUAGCUAAUUGGAAGGUGGAAGUUGUGUCACGAGCAGCCAAUAGAGGUGCUUUUCUGAUUGCUCAAAGUGCUUUGAAGGAUCGAUUUUAG